AUGUGCUCUGGCCUUGAACAGGGCCUGGAUCCGGAAGAAAUUUUGGGUGCGACAAGUGUCGGUGGACAGCUGACAUUCCUGAUCAAAUGGAAGGGAUCCGAACGAGCCGAUAUGGUUCCGGCUGCAGUUGCCAACAAAAAAUGGCCGCAGCUUGUCAUCGGUUUCUAUGAAGCUCGUAUACAGUGGAAGGAUGUUCAGCAGGCUUCUGUUGCUGUGAAGUUGAUCCACGGUACUUUGUUUCAUAUCGUUUUGCUGGUUGGUUCAAAAACAGAAUCAUAA